UCUUCUAAGGCUGGCAAAGAGCCUCCAAAUCACGGUCGUAUUUGUAGAAAUAGUGUUAGUACCAACUGCUUGCAGCUGUGAAACAUUUAGCGUCGAAAAGAAAGUUUGUGAGCCUUCAUUACCUUGCGACCUUCAGCUAUUGUCUGCGUCUUGAAACCAGCGAUGACGCCCAUGUCAAACAAGAACCGAGGUUUUGUGACGGUGUGUUACUACAGAUGGGAUGAGGACAAGCUCAAGCCGGGUGAUCUGGACACGAGCUUGUGCACUCAUCUUAUUUUGGGCUUUACGGAGGUCGAAAACAGCAUCCUCAGCAAAGGAUCUACAGAUGGGGACUCGUCCUAUCAAGCUGUUGCAAAUCUCAAAACCAACAAUCCUUCCUUGAAAGUCAUGCUCUCUGUGGGAGGAGGGGGCAAGUCGCGCUGUUUCCACGAAAUGGUGUCUGAUCCUUCGAAUACCGACAGAUUCGUCGCCUGUGUUGUGGAAACCCUGCGGAGAAACAAUCUAGAUGGCAUUGAUAUUGACUGGGAAUUUCCUAUGCAUAUUCGUAACGGCAAAGCCCAUUUCAGUAGGCUUUUGCAGAAAUUGCGAACCGCAUUUGAUGAUGAGGCUGUUGCUUCAGGACGACAGAGACUAAUUCUAUCCGCUGCAGUUGCUGCACAGUCUGUGAUUGUCAACUCCUCCUACCAUGUUCAAGAGAUUGAGAGGUAUGUGGACUUCAUCAACCUCAUGACAUACGAUCUACACCUUUUCAAGUGGUAUUACCCUUUUUCUGGGCACAAUAGUCCUCUACAUGGAAGGAGGAAGGAGCUUGGUUACUUUGCCACUCUGAAUAUCGCAUCUUCAGCUAAAUUGUGGGUUUCCAAAGGGAUGCCGAAGUCAAAAAUAGUUGUUGGCAUACCCACUUACGGCUUGGUUUGGAGACUUGGUCAUCAUAAGUGGCAUGGUGUUUCUUGCCUCACCUUGGGGAAAGCUGCCGAAGGAGGUGGAUACAUUACCUAUCCUGAGGUCUGCCAAGUGAUUGCAGAUGGAGGAAAAAGAAUAUUUGAUAAACAGUCAAAAGUUCCAUAUGUGGUCAACAAGAAGCACUGGAUAAGCUAUGAUGACAUCGACAGUGUUGAACUGAAGGCCAGGUGGAUUCUUUCAGAAGGCUAUGGAGGAAUAAUGACAUUUAGUCUCAAUUGCGAUGACUGCACAGGGGCUACUUCUCCAGAUGGUGUUCGGUUUCCUCUGCACAAGAAGAUCAAGGAGGUUGUGGAGCAAGAGUCACCGCACUGAGGGUUAACCAUAUGUUUUAAACCGGGUGCAUCCGAUGUGCUGUUGGCUGAAAA